AUGACCCGUUCUUAUUCCGAUCUUUUCCGGCUUCCGGACAGCUACAUGGGGUAUGACAUACUUCGGCUCCACGGAGAGUCCCUCGACGCCCUCGGCUGCUGUAAGUCGGGCACCGGGGUGCAGUAUGGGACCAUGGAUUUUCUGAAGAUGGUCGCUUCCCUCGACCGUACCGCCAUGAACCUGACUGUCACCGACCAAUUCACGGACCGCGAUUGGAAACUCUCCUGCGCCCAGGUGGACAGCAACGCCAGCCACCUGACCGACAUCCGCUACGCGGACCUGUUCGCCAAAGGGAGUCAAUUUGCCAGUGCCACGCAAGUUUUAGGGGAACGGACCGGGGCAGUGGUUGACGAGACGGCUAGAAGUAGUACAAUGUCACAGGUGCCGGGCGGUGUUGAAACAAAUACAAAAUCGUCUAGUAGUACAUCCCGCCCCAAAUCCGUCGGUCUAGCACUUCAUUUGUGUCAGCUCGCGGCGAUCUUCGCCGACCGCGUGCUCUCCGGGCACACGAAAGACUCGCAGGAGCAGCGGGUCGCGAGCGAGUGGAUCGUGAGCCAGGCGUUAUUAGCUUUUCAGGCGUUGUGCGCGAACCUGCGAACCUGCAGCUGGGAGCUGCUGGACGAGGUCUGCGCGGUGUGUAUCUUGCCCUCGUCAAGAAGUAGGGGAGGAGGACCUGGACCGUCAAGUUGUAACUCCUGUCCGAUCAACUGCGCACUUUUGCUCGCCAAAUUUUGCGACCAGCACCUCUACUUUCGCCUCGCGUUUCAGGCCCUGGUUGCCCGGAAACAGCAGGACCCGCGGCAAUUGCUGCCUCCGGUGCUAGACUUGUUUGGGGAGGACGAGGUAUUUCUAGCAAUGCAGCCGGCAGGGGCAGAUGAACAUCAAGGGACGUCGGGGGCGACGGCGCAAAUGAACUCUGAUAUUGUAGUUGCAUCAGGAGGAGAAAUAAACACGACCACUAAUCCCUCCCCACAGCUCGUCCCAGCACACGACCAGCAACCCCGGAGACAAACCCCCCUUGCCCUUUCCACCGAGGAACUCGUGGUCCAUACCCUCACCUCACAGAUGCUCCGGGCGCUCGCGCAGCAGAAAACCACGCUCGCGAAAAACUCCCUAACGCCGCUGCUGCGGAGCUACCUGAAGAUCAUUGCCACCACCGGGACCGGCGGGGUGAUCCUGCUGCGCGCGGCCGCGCAGGCGGUGGGGACGCGGGGGCCGGCGGUGCAGCCGGACACGAUCGCGGAGACUAUGGCGGAGCUGCUGUUGCGAUGCGUGCCGGAUGAUGCAGAUCACGAAUGGUGCGCGGAAUUGGAACGAAUUUUGAACGGAGCGUACAACAGAUGAUAGAUUGUAGGAGGGAGCAAGAAAUUAAAAUCUUCGCGAGAAUGACUGUGUGUAGCUUCUGUUGAGAUGAAAAAUUUUCGGGAGAACAAGCUUCUUCAGCGUCGACCGCCUGGGCCUGCAUUCUACGAUCUUUUUUCUGUGAAGCUGCUAGGGCGGUUUCACUGCCACGAUACGAUUGUAUCGUGAGUCGAAAUAUUAGUCUACUAUCCAUCCAAGUUUUGCUACAACGAUGGAGCUCCUGGAAGCUUGAGGACUACAGCUAUCAAACAAGAUGCAAAUCCUUUCGCGUCUGAUAUUAGUACAACGCUUUACAAAAACUGUGAUCAAGAGAACGAACUACAGCAGGUAAUGCACACUACACCACCACCGGGGAAUGCAGAGUCAUCACCGGAAGUCGUGUUCUUCUUUUCCAUUUUUCACUGGUACAACAGCUAAGGCG